AUGCCCGGAAUUCCAACAAAUUUUGAAUUUUCACCUCCAAAAACCAAAUUUUGCUUAUUAACAUUUCCAGCAUUACAUGUAUUACUUGUAACCAUUAAUCGUCCGAAAAAACUUAACGCGCUUAACCUUCCCGCGCAUUUUGAAUUGGAUGAAGUAUUUAAUUGGUAUAACCGGGAACCAGAGUUAUGGGUUUCGAUUAUCACGGGAUCGGGAGAUAAGGCAUUUUGUGUCGGACAAGAUUUAAAAGAUGAAUUAACUUCAAAAAAAGAUCAAACGAUAUCAAUUGAUGAUUUUCCACCGAGCGGAUUUGGAGGAUUGAGUAGAAGGGUUGAUUGUUUCAAACCUGUCAUUGCCGCCGUCAAUGGAUUUGCGAUUGGGGGUGGAAUGGAAAUGACUUUGGCAUGUGAUAUCGUCAUUGCUGCAAAAGAUGCUAUAUUUUCUUUACCUGAAGUGUCAAGAGGUAUCAUUGCUGUCAAUGGUGGAUUAUCCAGAUUAGUAAGGUUCAUCGGAUACCAGCGUGCAUGUGAAUUGGCUUUUACGGGUCGAAUUUGUUCGGCAAAGGAAUUUAAGGAACUUGGACUUGUUAACCAAAUUGUGCCAUUUUAUAAAGAUGCUGUACCAGCUGCAUUGAAAAUUGCGUCAGAGAUAAUUAAAAAUUCUCCUGAUGCUAUUAAAGUUACAAAACGAGGCAUACUUUAUUCAUUGGAAUCUCCUUCUUUAACUGAAGCUGAAAGAAAGCUUUUCGAUUCUGAAAUGACUAAAAAAUUAUUUAUACAAGAUAACUUUAAAGAGGGCGUUCGCGCUUUUAAAGAGAAAAGGCAGCCUAAAUGGAAAAAUUCAAAAUUGUAA